AUGUACCCGGAACAUUCACUGGCCCCAGCUGAGCUACGCUUCGGUGUUUCGGACCAAAUGUCAGAGAUGGUCUGGCGCCUUCGGUCAGGAGUGUACAACAUCAACAAUUCACAUUUCGUUACGAACGCGACGGUUGGAUACGGACAAGAGGCCACAUGCUAUCAUUUCGACGCAAUCAAAGGCUCUCUGGCUAGGCCGAUAGGGGACAGGAACGCUGGCGGAUUAGUUUCCGUGCUUUUCUACGAGCUAGAAGAGGAGUCAUUUGACUUCUUGCAAGCCUUCAACCUAUUUCUAACACGGCAGUGGCACGAAAUGUGGAGUCUAUACCAUGAGCCCUCCGAUCCUACCGAUAUCGGCAUCAAAGUGUCAAGUCUACCACCCAAAGGGACCCUUGAAGAAGGACAAGGUGUCUGGAAGAUGGAAGAUGCGUCGGCUUUUUUUCAUGAAUGCGAGACAGUGAGUGUCGGGAACGCCAAGAAAGCAGAUCAAUACAGCUGA